AUGUCCGCCGUGCCUCAGGUCCUCAUCGCCUUUGGACCGGAUGUCACCUGCACCCUCGACAUCUGCCCCAUCGAAUGGAGCGUCUACACCUAUCGACCUUCUCUACCGGCCAACAUCACCCUCCUCGCCCUCUUCGGUGCCGUGGGCCUCGUCCACGCCUACCUCGGUCACCGAUGGCGAGCAUGGGGUUUCAUGGUCGGUAUGCUCCUAGGUUGCGUCUGUGAGAUGAUCGGCUACGUUGGUCGUAUCAUGCUGUAUAAUGAUCCCUUUUCCUGGAUUGGCUUCAUGAUACAGAUCAUUUGCCUGACCAUAGCCCCCGUCUUCUUCACGGCAUCCAUCUACGUCACCCUAUCCAAGACAAUCAUCUACCUGGCCCCCGAGGCAUCCCGGUUCAGACCCGAGCUCUUCUACUGGGUAUUCAUCCCCGCCGACGUCAUCUGCCUGAUCCUCCAGGCCGCCGGCGGGACCCUCUCCACCCAGACCUUGGGUGGCCAGACGGGCGUCGACAUCUCCAUGGCCGGCCUGGUCCUCCAGCUCGUCGUCAUCCUCCUGUUCAUCGUCGCCUUUGUCGACUACAUCGUCCGGUACUGGCGGUCCGGCGGCAGGGCGGGCACUGCCGCCGCCGCCGUGACGUGGCGCCUCGCCGCCUUCUUCGCCGGCCUCUCCGCCGCCAUCGUCCUCAUCCUCGCCCGCUGCUGCUACCGCGUCGCCGAGCUCAACCAGGGCUACUUCGGCGAACUCAUGCACGAGGAGGUCUCCUUCGUCGUCCUCGAGGGCUGCGUCAUCGUCCUGGCCGUCGCCGCCCUCUUCUGGGGUCACCCUGGCCUGGCCUUUGGCGGUCGCGCCGGCCGCCCCACAGAGUAA